CGUGGCUGCGUUUAAUUGAUAAGCGCACAAAAUACAACCGAACGUUAACAUUUCCAGUGUAUCUUGUGUGUGUAUGGGUUUUGCCAGCGUUUAUUGCCUUUAAAGCGUUACAGGAUAGUGUUGUCGAAAUAACUGCCCCUGAAAUAAGCGUGUACCUCACAACAGCAAACUAGCUUCGAUCGAUGCGUGAAGGAUAGUUUCUUUUUCGUGUAUCUUGUUCCGCCCACCCGUUGCCUUAUCUGCCACCAGAUUCGUCCAAUGUACUCAACUUAACUGCUUGAUAAGAGAGCCUCGGGCAGACCGGUACCGUAAGCAAAUGCGAUGCGAGUAGCAAAAGAUGAAGUCAUAAAGUGCCCCUACACACUUGCAGGACCGGGAAGAUAGUUACGAUAUCUUCUAUCAACACACACACACAGAUACUCCGAACUACACACAUCGUUUGUCAGCACUGUUUGCCCCCGUCGUGUUACGAGAUUUGUCGUGGCAUGCGAUAGAGCGCACUCUAGAGGGUGAUUUCACGGUCCCUGGUGAUGCUGUCUCCAACGACGAGCUGAAGGUCGAGCACGGCACUGCUGCAACACACGCAAACAACGCCCGGGCGUACCCCCUCCCAUCUCCCCAUACUGCCUGGUUGGUUUGGGGUUCUUUUGAUUUCGCUUGUUUUUCCGCCCUGUCGCCUCACUCCGGUACAGCGAAAUCAUAUUAAUCAACCAGAUAAGGAAACCCCUGACAAAGAUCUCAGCGGGACCCGUUCCCCGCGCUCGAGUGUACAGCAUACUCGUUUCCCGAGGGCCAGACUGCCGGACGAGCCAGAGUGUGGUAGAGCCAGGUGGGGCAGGCAAGAUAUGAGUAGUGGGCCGCCGAGGAUGGGCGCUGAGGGUAAAAUGGCGAGUGCUAGCAGCAUGGAGCAGCGGGUAGAGGUCGCUGACAGCCACUCGGUGCAGCUGUUGGGAGCGAUAGAGACGUCGCCAUCGUCUUUGUCGUCGUCGUCGUCGUUACCUGCCGAAGUCAACUUGAGCGGCAAGGAGCACAGUGUGGACAGUAAUUUCCUGACACCGCGCGCGGCACGUGAAGGAACGCCGCCACGGGCGGAUGCGCAGAUCGAAAUAGGUUUACCGCCGCGAGUGCCCCCGACCGGAUGUGUUAGUAGUGGUGGUGGUGGUGGUGAUAGUAGUGAAAGCAACAGUACCAACAGCAGCACCGCUGGAGCGCAACCGACAGCCGAAGCGAGCCAGCCGAAAAAGAAGGUCAUCCGGCGCAUCGUAAAGGUCCGGCGCGUCGUCAAGAAGAUGAAGAAAAAAGACGAAAAGUUCUAUCUGCGAACAGCAUUUGACCUGCUCGACCGUGACCAGGAUGGGCACGUGACACCAGAAGAGCUGCAGUUCAUGCUGCGAAACCUCGGUAUCCACGUACGAGAUGAGCUGAUCGACGAUCUGCUCCGGGAGGCCAGUCGGACAGGCAGUGGACUGAUAGACGAAACAGAGUUCCUCCAGUGGGUGGCGAGAAUACAGGCCCUAAAAGACGACAGCAACACCAGCAGCAGCAGUAGCAGUAGCAAUAAUCCCGCCCAGGCAGCCGACGACGAUUUAACGCAGGAUCUGGUGGCAGCGUUUCGGGUGUUCGAUCGUGACGGCAACGGGUACAUCACGAGAGACGAACUGAAAUCCGCCAUGGACAUGAUCGGCGAGAAUGUGACCGAAUACCAGCUGAACGAGAUGCUCGAGCUUGCCGAUGCCGAUAAGGACGGUCGAAUCAACUACGAAGAGUUUGCCCGAUUGCUGCUGUAAAACGCGUGCUCAGGACGAAGGUUUCCACCAACCCCGAUCCGUCGUCAAGCAAGCCACUCGCCGCCGGCAACCCUAUGUUUUGCGGUACAGUCCCGGCUAGUACAUCUCUACAGCACAGUCACAUCGUGAAUUGACUACCAAACUAAUGCUUUAAUUAAGAUCUUCUUCUCAUCUGACAGAUGGUUUCGCUGUUUUGAAGCUUUUUUAGACUUUUUUUGGUUCUUGUUGUAGAAAACAUCUUCUCGGAAUGUGAAGAAGCGAAUUUAAACUAUAAUAGGAAGCAAUCGUAAAUAAGUUUUCUUGUUAUUUUGUCAAACUAUUGAACACAAAAUUAAAACAAUUCGACUGAUUAGUGAACCAACAAUGGUAAAGCGUUUGUACCCGACGUUGAAAAGAAAAUGUUUUUUUUUUCUUUAGUAGUCAGUCUGUUCUCGAUUGAAAUGCUUUCGGAUAAUUUCGGAUAAGAUAGCUUGCAAUCACCGUCUAGGCAAAGAAGCCAUUUGUAGCGAAAAAGACAAACCAAAUCGCAGCGAUAAGUAGAGCAAAUUGAAGAAGAAAAAAAACAAUGUAAUAAAAUUAAUUAGCAUCCAUUUGUCGUUAUCAGUGUUUAGAGCUGCAAAUAUCUCCUUAAUUGCCCCGGGUAGUAUCAGCUUUCUAGGUUUUACGGUUUAAUUUUUGACGUGUUUAAGUUGGUUUGAUUGUUGUCUUGACCCGUAGCAGUGUUACGCACAGAACUAUAUACUACAAUAAGAAAUAAACUAAAACAAAACUCAUAAACGAAUGCGUGCGUGUGGAGAUAGCACGGUUACACUUUCUGAAAAGCGCCAUCAAAAUAUCUUUACCGCUAAUGUUUGUAAUUACCCAUGUAAAAGUAUACUCCGAUAUUGCAGCAAAGCAGAUGCUUUAACGUAGUAUUCCUUCUAUCGAAACUAGAUGCACGCAGUGCGCGUUGGCGUGUUAUGUGAACAAAAAUAUCACCACCGCUAUUUAAAGUGCUUGAUGCUUGGGAAAAAAAUGCAACUAGGCGUAAGUUUAAGCAAUUUUAAGGAAGAGCUUGCAGCAGCAGCAGCAGCAGCAGCAGUAAAGGCAACAGAGGCAACAAAAAGGAACCGGUGCAUGCCUGCUGGUCCGUGAAAUGCUGGGAAGAGCAGCAGUCUGUACAGGAAUUGAGAGAGAGGGAGCGAAAGGUGGUAGGGAAAUUUGAUAUCCAAGUCGAACGUCCUUGUAGUGUUGGUGGUUGUUGGUCAGUGUAUGAAUGCGUGAUGAAUGAAUGAAUGAACGAAGCAGAGUGUGGUGUGCUGCAGUGUGUGUGAUGAUCGAAGGAGAAUCAUAGAAGAAAGAUAAACAACAAACAAAAACAUAAAACUACUCAAAACUACGGUUUAAAACAAACACAAACCCGAAUACAAGGUGGGAAAAGCAUCUACGUUUAACGCUACUAAAUAUUCAGCCAGUUUAAGGCGCCCGAAGCCGUUGUAGAGAUGGGCUGCGCAUAUUGUGAAUAGGAAAUAAAAAGGGCUCACCGCCCGAGUCGAGUCGUCGUUGUCGUUGAUAUUUUUUUACAUUGACCAACAAACAAGCUGCUUCUGUUCUCAUUUGUUGAACGAAAUGUAUCUCUGUAUGUGUGUAUGUGUGUGUGUCUUGGGCAACUAGCGCCAAUAUUGUUAUGUAUUCUAGACUAUAACGCUAUACAUACGUGUUAAGGAAGAAACCGUUUUGCGAUAAGAAUGUAUCAGUAUGCUGCUCCUUUUUUUCGGUGCACGUUGGCGUAGGGCGCGCGAUCGCCAUUUGUGGUAGCAAGUAAAUGUGUAAACAGGUAAAAAGGGAAAGGGAAGCGAUUUGCAAAAGCAAAAGGAAACAACAACAUGUACUGGGGUUAGAAAUGAUGCUUACAAUUAAAAUUGCUGUGUAUAGGAAGUAAAGACACGCACAAUUACGCAUUACGGUUUCGUUUGGUUUCAUUUUACGUUCAUACAUUUCAUCUUCAUCUAUUUAAGACAUGUCUACCUUUAAGUGUACAGCAAUUGGAUGCAAAAAUGUAUUCGUCUCAUACUUCGUUUGUUAUGAUAUUACAAAAAUGUUAAGAGUUGUUUUGGAAAUUUAUCUAAUUUGCAUAAAAGAAGUGGGCAUUUGCGUUGGCCCUAAAAAUCUACGUCAUAAAAUGCUACACGCGAUGCUCGAGACAUGUAGGAAGAGGUAAACAUCACAAAUCAACAACAAUUUAGAGAGUGUAAAUGUUAAAGCAGCUGAUUAUUACUUAAUGUUUAAAAAAAUGCAAUGCGAGGAUGAGUAAAUGCGAUAAAAUGCAUCGCAUAACCAAACUCAUCAUUACACCAUUCGCAAAACAAAACAACAAAGAAAAACAAUGUUUUUGCUUUCAAAUGGGGGAAAGAUGAACGCGGACACAUACACACGGCAACCAGGAUGGUGUUUUAAAACAAAAAGAAGUGAGCUGAAAAAAAAAAUCAACAGGAAUGUAAUGCUUGCAAUCGCCUACGGAUUGGAGAGCAAAAUAAAGUCAUGUGACUGAUUUUUACACCAGUGAGCGGAGGGGAACACGCAGGCUCAAUGUUGAAAUUUUUAAACAGCAGACAAACUUUGCGAGCCGCUUUCUUUCCGACAAAGAUCGCUAUGAAACGUGCACAAUAAGCAAAGUGAAUGGUAUUGUAAAGCCUCACAAUGAAACAGAAUGUGGGGCGUUAUUUUUAGAACGAUUUUUAAAGACGAAUUUUGAAACCGAGGCCCAUUUUUUACCGAGCCCCGUACGAAACUAUUUUCCCGAGCAGCAAAAGGAGCAGCCUACAACUUUAUGGAUCAUCCCAAACAAAUGGCACGAAUGAUUGUCUCUCUUUCUCACACACACACUCUUGUGCAUUGUUCCUUCCCGGUCAGCCAUACAUCCUUCAAAGGGUGAGUGAGGCUGCCUCGAUAAUCCCAACCCGAUUUAGGCUCUCAAAAUGAAGUAAAAACACCACCCCUCCGCAUCCUCCCCACCACACGAGACUCGAAAAUACUUGAAUUGAAGGCAAACUCCUACCGAGCUGUAAACAAAUCAGUUAGCUGCACCACCACAACCCCCAAAAGUAGCUGAAUCGGUGUGGCGAAUCAUAAGUCAUUAUCCGCGUAAAUUGGUAGAGCUAAUAAGCUAGUGAGAAAACAGAACGGUCUUCAAAGUUAAACACCAACGAUCUAAAACGCACCACCAAAAUGAAUUGGCUGACGCGCUUCGCGCUUGUCUACCAAACGGUUUAAGUGUAUGCCCGUUGUAAAGGUAGAAGUGGCGUUGUUUUAGCUUUCCAACGUGCACCUCCCCCUCUUGCUUUUUUAGCUUAUACCUCGAGUUAAACAUCCCAGCUUACAAUGCUACGUUUGCAAACGGAUACAAAACCCUCCUCUCCGAACCAACUGUUUGAUGUAAACGACGCCCAUAUAUUUAACGAUAAAGCCCCCAUAAAAGCGUAAAUAGAUUGAGUCUCUCAAUCUGAAAUUAUUAAAAGCAAAGACGAUAUCAAUUGACAGAAUUUAAACACAGCAAACAAAAAGAAUGGGCAUACACACUAUUAGCUAUUUUUGGAGGUAUUUUUUGUCAUCUCGCUAAGGGGCUAGCAAGCAGCCCGGAGCGAGCAGAAGGAAACACGCAAAUAAAUAAAUAAAAUAAAUUAACAAACAAGAUGUGAGGCUAGGUGACGUAAUAAAUUAUUGUUCAAUACAACGGUGUUUUACGCUAAGCGAUACGUAUUAUUGAGACAUGGAGCUGCGUGAUAAAACCACAUAAAAAAUGUUAAACUUGUUACAUACUACUCUAUUACUUACGGGAGAUGAGGAGUUGGGUCUACUCUUUCGUCGCUGGCUGGGGUAUUGACUAUUCUUCCGUUGUGCUUCUAUUGAACGUCUAAUAUGCGAUAUAUACAUAAUCUACCCCCAUAAAAAAAUGCAACAACUAAUUACAAACGAAACCCAGUUUCUAGCUAUCGAUGGUAAAGCAGUUGGUUUAAAAGCAAGCAGAAGAGGGGAAAGAAUAUAAUGCGACAGCAUUCAAAUAAGCAUCCUAUUGCUAACCCUACACUAAGACAACAAGAGAUAACUAUUAGCUAAUAAUGGCUCUUUGAUCCAUAUAGUAAUGCAUACCCUAUCGAUCGUGUUUAGCCUGUAGCUUGUACCGGUGUAGUAAUGGAAGGUACCUUACUUUUUGUUAUCCUGCAAAAGUUCUACUUCAUCUUCAUAAACUGGUCAAUGAAAACGAUAAAAUAACGUUGACAUCCCGUUUUCAAGUAAGAAUGUGAUAUAUUUUUCACAUUUUUUUUACAUUUUUUUAAACUAAUUUCAAACUAGUAUGGCUCGAUGCUUACAGCCUCCAAUUCAAUAUAUAAUAGCAUAAUUUCAUAAACUGAAUUUAAACUGCUUCCAAACCAACACACAUUUUGCGGACAAUUUGUUAAAAAUAACUGAAAUACCUUAUAGAUUUUCAGUUUAUUAAUUUCUCAUCAUUUACUACUGAUUUGUCUUGCAUGUCCAUUGUUUAUUUUGUAAAUAUUUUUGAUUAUAAUUCCUCUAAAAGAUUCCAAAUUAGAAAAAGGAUGAAUGAUCAUGAUAAUUUCAACACAUUACACACAUCUCCACAACUUUUUCUUGACAUGCAUCGGUUUUAACAACCCCCAGCAGUAAAAACCAAAUGUUCCAACCCAAUCCAAAAGAAUCCAAACGAAACAAAUAAGCUUUCUUCGACGAUCCCCGCACAAGUCCAAUAAAUGAAACACUCAUGCCAAAAAAAAACAUAAAAGAAAAUAACACAUUAACGCAAGCAAAAAUGUAACCCUAACAAAAAAAGGAAAAAGAUAUAUUGUGGCCUUUUCAGUAAAACAUGAAAAAAAUAAUCAACAGAACGUUGCAUAUAAAAAGAAAUGUACACAAAAGCGCAACAAAAUGUUUACAUUAUUGAGUAUGAGUAGUACUCGCAAAAUGUGGUCAUAAUUUCAUUGAGUUUUUGAUACGUAAACGCCGUGUAACGGAAAGAAUAAAGCACAGCAUGUUGAUGUUGCUUAGGUUAGAAAACAUUGUGAAAUGAUUUGGUUGUUCUUUUGCUUUCCGUUUUCAUUAGUGAAGCAUUUUCUUGCAUCAUUCAUAUCAGGAAGUAACUAAACGAGUAGCUGAGUGCGACAAAAAUAGGAAGAUGUUGUUACGCUUGUACGCAGACGACGGGACGGGAAGGUAAAAAGAUCAACACCGAAGAAAUGGUUGACCGUACAAUUGAUAAAGAAAACAUACAAUAAAUAACUAAACGUGUGUACUGAUUUUAAAAUAUAAUAAUCCAUAUUUUAUAUACGUUAGAAUGGCGUUUUCCUGAUUUUACCGAGAAAAUGUAUAGGAGGGACACCGCGGUAAACGUGUACGCGGAAUGAGAACAUCAGCACAGAGCUGCUUUAAAAACAUGAUGCAAAAAUGUUAAAGAAACAUAAAAAAGGGAAAAAAAGAAAUCGAACACACACUUUUUGUGUUUCCAUAUGUUUCUUUCCCUUGUGAUUAAACGAAUGAGAAAUGAAAGCACACACUGGAUAACAAAACGGUAUCUAUUUAAAAGUGAAACUGCGCACAGAAUGUGUGCACAAAUUAAAAGGAAAAAGUUAGUUUUUAAUAUAAAAAAUAAACAUCAUAAAUCAAAAGAUUAUAUUAAACCGACCGAUACAACACACUCAGUACUGCUUUUAUGCAUACGCUCGUACUACUGUGAGCAAAGAUUGUGACGUGCAAACAAAGAGAAUUUAAUUGCAGAACGACACAUUGUAGGGGGACGAUUAUUAACGUUCGCAUUCAUUUGUUAUUCGGUUGCAGUUGGGUGAAAGGCGAGUGAAUAAGAGAUAAAUAAACAUACAAGUUGUUUUCAAA